GUGCGGCUGACCGCGCAUGCGCACUACGCGCCGUGUGUGGCGGAGUAGGGAAUGUGUGUCUGUCGUGAGGAGUUAUCCGUGUAAAAUCCUCGAUCUUCGGGUGUUUAUGCGGACAAGUCGCCUUUUCCACACACCAUUCACCUGUGACCGAAGAUGUCCGUGUUCUCGGAGCCUGCGUUGGAGAAGAAACUAUCAGAACUGAGUAACUCCCAGCAGAGCGUGCAGACGCUUUCUCUGUGGCUCAUUCACCACAGAAAACACUCCAAAACCAUCGUCAAAGUGUGGUACAGCGAGCUCAAGAAAGCUCAGGUGUCUCGUAAGCUGACAUUUCUGUAUCUUGCCAAUGAUGUCAUACAGAACAGCAAGAGGAAAGGACCCGAGUUCACACAAGACUUUGCCCCAGUCAUUGUUGAUGCUUUCAAACACGUCUCCAGCGGAGGAGACGAGAGCUGUAAGAAACAUCUAGGUCGAGUUUUGUCCAUCUGGCAGGAGAGAGCCGUCUAUGAGAACGACAUACUGGACAAACUUGCAGACGUCUUGCAGGUGGAAAAGAAGGCCCAAAAAAGGCCUUAUGAAGAGAUUAAGGUGAACGUUGAUGAUUUCGCCUGCCAAAGCUCCCCCGCCGAACCUCCACAGACUGCAGAUCUGAUCCGGACGCUGCAGGAGCUGGAGAACGCAGCCUCGAGUGACGCCGCUCUCCGCAAGAGGAUCUCCGCUCUUCCCCCAGAGGUGCAAGACACCUCGCUGUUGCACAAAGUUCAAGAUAAAGAGUCCGGAGAGCGUCUGUCUCGGCUGGUGGAGGAGGCCUGUAUGCUGCUGGCGGAUUAUAGCGGACGGCUGGCGGCAGAAAUCGAUGACCGCAGGCAACUUACGCGCACGCUGGCCGUCUUUUUGCAGAGUCAGAGAGACGGUCUGGUCCAGAACGAGCAGAAACUAGAAGAGUACAAGCGUAAGCUGGCGCGGGUGUCGCAGGUACGGAAGGAGCUUCGAUCUCGCCUCAACGGGCUGCCAGAUCUGUCCCGGCUCCCGAACGUCACAGGUGGACACAUGCGUCUGCCCUCGUCCGGUGAUCUGUACAGCCCGUCUGAUUGUGAUUUUGGGAAGAAAAGCGUGUCAUGGUUUGAUCAGAAGUGUUUGCACACGGUUCUCAGUCACAAGGCUUCAAAUACAGCGCUUUUGCACUGAGCCUUUAAUAUCAGCACUGGACCUGCGGGGACGCGCUCAGCAUCGCUAAUGCCCUUCAUGCCUUCAGUUGAUAUGAAGGAUGGUAAACACUGCCAUGAUAAUAACCGUGCUCUGGAGGACCGAGAGCGGGAGAAGAAGAUCGCCAAGAAGCGUCUGUACAUCGUUUCUGCUGUGUGUCUGGUCUUUAUGGUGGGAGAGAUUUUAGGAGGGUAUUUUGCUGGCAGUCUGGCAGUGAUGACGGACGCAGCUCAUCUUCUAGUGGAUCUCACCAGCUUCAUCAUCAGUCUGUGUUCGCUCUGGCUUUCCUCCAGACCUGCCACUCGUACUCUUAAUUACGGCUGGCAUCGAGCAGAAAUCCUGGGUGCUCUCCUGUCCAUCUUCACCAUCUGGCUGGUGACCGGAGUGCUGGUGUAUCUGGCUGUGGAGAGAAUCAUCAAUGAUAACUUCACUAUUGAGGGCACAGUCAUGCUCAUCACCUCCGGCUGCGCUGUUCUGGCCAACAUCAUAAUGGCUCUGACUCUGCAUCAGUCUGGUCAUGGACACAGUCACGGUGGUCUGAGCGCUGGACACGGACACAGCCAUGAUCACGGGAAAGAAAACGGACACAGCCAUUCAGAUGGCAGCCAUCAUGAUGUGGAGGAGCAAAGGCCUGGGAAAACUCAAGCCAAUGCUAGUGUCCGGGCGGCGUUCGUGCAUGUGAUUGGAGAUCUGCUGCAGAGCAUCAGUGUGCUCGUCAGCGCGCUCAUCAUCUUUUUUAAGCCUGAAUAUAAAAUUGCAGAUCCUAUUUGCACCUUCCUGUUUUCCUUGUUCGUCCUGGGAACCACAUUCACCAUCAUGAGGGACAUUGUUAUCGUCUUGAUGGAAGGCACACCAGCCGGAGUGAACUAUAAUGAAGUGCGUCAGCUUCUGCUGGGAGUAAAGGGUGUUAAAGCCGUGCACAACCUGCACAUCUGGGCCUUGACCAUGAACCAGGCUGUGCUUUCUGCUCAUGUGGCCACCGAUGAGACUGUGGAUCCACAGGAGGUGCUUCGAGAAAUGACCCAGGUCUGUUUUACCAAAUACAGUUUCCAUUCGGUCACCAUUCAGCUGGAGCCGCAGGCCGAUCAGAGACCCGACUGCAGCCUCUGUCAAGACCCCGCCAAGUGAAACACACACACACACACACACACACUAAAGAGGGAUAGUUCACCCAAAAAUGAAUAUUUACUCACCAUUUACUCUUCCUAAUGUUGGUCCAACCCAAAAAAAGAUUAUUUGAAAAAUGCUGGAAACCAGUAGCCAUUAACUUCCAUUGUAGGAAAAAAAUACUAUUAAAAAUACCAUUGCCAUGAUUAUUUAUAAAAAUACUAUUGCCCCAGCGACUCGACCAUGGAUAAGCGGAGGAAAAUGGAUGGAAGGAAGUCCCUAACUAGAUUUCCAUUCAAAGAUGUGAAUUAGAUUUAUGAGCAAAACUGGAAUAUUGCAUGAAACAAAGCCGCGUUUCCUUCCAAUGAGAAACAAAAGAGACCAAAAUCAUUAUGUCCUGAUAAACAGCAAAUAUCAGACAGAGAAAUGUAGUUUAUAGUGGUAGGAGAGCCACUUGUUUUUUUUUCUCCCCAAUAAAUGAGUUGCGCCUUAUAAUAAAUAGACGAAAUGCAGUGAACACAGUGUGGUGGCCUUUUAGGGGCCUGAGAUGCUCAACAUAGGCUCAUUUAGAAAACGUAGACCUAUAUACAUUUCUGGAGAUCAGGAAUUAUGUAGCCAGAGGAACAUAUUGUUGCAUUUCAGCUUACAAACGCUACAGGGCGGUAUGACGCUGUUCCUUUUCACACUUACCAGCUGACCGCUUACCUCCAUGUAGACGGCUUUCCUGCUGUUACCAGUUUGUCCAGUGCCUCGUUGCAUAUGGCAGUGGACUUGAUCUUGAUGACUGGGUUUGAAUCCAGCAGAAAACAGUCCCAGAAAGCAUGUAAAACAAAAACAAACCCCUCAAUAAAACAAGUCAAUAACAGGGUGAGAAUGUGGUAAAAUCUUAAAACGUGGUAAAAACCAGGCGAGGGCUUUUCUUUUUUUCGUAUUGCUUUUAAAAACACGAUCAAUUGGGUUUAGGGAAGGAGGAGGGUAGGUCAGUUGAUCAGUCAGACGACAGUGACCUCUGGUGGAUUUACAUGGAAAAGCAGGCAUGAAUGACAUUCGCGAGAGAAAUUUGAGAUCUCAAAAUGCGUACACAGCGGCCUCUGUUGGAUACGCGAAAACAAAACAUGCAAAAAACAUAGCUCCUGGGACAUAUUUGGCGCUCUUCAGAAAUGUAUACAGGGGUACUUUUUUAAAAAGAGCUUGGGUUGGAGAUGCUCUUUUGAAGCGCAAACAGAUGCUCAAGACAGUUCUGGAGGGAAUAAUAAUAGAAGAAGAAUAAUACUGAAGCACUGUGAUGGCGGACUGACGGAGUGCUGAGGCCUUUUACAAUCAGAAAAAUGACAUUUCAGAUAUUUUACAAUGCUGGAAACAUGUAAAGCUGCAAACUUUAUUAAUGCAAAGACUCUGAACACACACGUUUAUAUCGGUGAAAAACUAAAUCACAUCACGCAUACUGAUGAAGAGCAUGCACAUUUAAAUAUUGUGUUUAUUCAUUUAAUCUGUUUACAUCAUUUGUCAUGCACAUUUUAUCUUAUCAAAUAUACAGUUUAUCCUACUCAGUUGUGCUCGUAACUUUUUAUGCACAUUUUUAAAAUGCAUGCACAUCUUAGUGUUUCCAUUAAGCAUUUGUAUACAAUAUUUCACAAUGCACAUGAAAAUAGGCGGAUGUAAACAACAACAGGUAGAUAAAAACAGCUAAUGGCUACCAGUUUUUGGAUUAUUUUCUAAAUAUCUUUUUUUUUGUCUAUGAAUGAUGACACGAUUUGAAUUUUUGUGUGAACUACCCCUUAAAAGAAGAGCCCAAAGGGACAAAAGAGCCACAAACAGAGCAUUUCGAGAGGAUUAUCAUUGUGUUGGUCAUGUUUUAUAACUAUAGUUUUAUUCUAGGAGGAGGACUUCUUAGACUUUGUAUUAUUUUUGGGGUUUUUUUGUCACAUUAUUUAGUGUUUGGUUGCAUUAUUAUCUUGAGAAUGGGAUAUAAGUAGUAUACAAUGCAAAAUAUUUUCAUCUUAAUUUCGGUAACACUUUACAAUAAGGUUUAUUAGUUAAUGCAUUUACUAACAUGAAUUAAUCAUGAACAACACAUGUACAGCAUUUAUUAAUCAUAAUGUAACAUUUACUAAUGCAUUAUUAACAU